UUACUUGUCUCGUGACAGCACAUGCCGCAGAGAUAAAAUAAUCAUUGUCAACAAUCAACGGUCGACUAGCCUACUUCCAUGCUACAGUACUUCGAAUAUCUACGGACUGCGCAGUGUAGUUGAAUUAAACACCAGAUAUUUGCUAUUUUUUUAAGAAUGCACGAUUUGCUACAGGGCCUGCGCAAUUUAGAGUAAGAUGGAAGAUUCCAAGGGUGGUUCAGAUAUUGGAAAUACAGCUGGAAGCACAGAUGUAGGCCAACAGCAGGCUAUAUAUGGCGAAAAAUAUAACAAGACAUUUCUCCUCAAGGUUUUCAUUGCAAUAACAGUAUUUAUGGUCCUUUUGGCCUUGUUGUUCUGUAUUAUCAUUGGAGCUAAAGAUAAUAGAGGAGAGUUAUGGCUGCUGAUAAUUAACCUGUUAAUUAGUAGUUUUGUCACACUUACUCUGUGUUAUUGGUACAAAAAGGGAGAACUGGCAUCAGAUAAAGCGUGGUUUCUGAUUCUGGUGGCCUCGAUUUUGAUAUUUCAAACCAUCACAACCGAUAUUUAUGUCUUCAAUCCCGUUGUGGAUCAGCAGAAACCAACGUCUCCUCCUAUAAUAACAAUUAAUCCUGUUCCGACAAAUACUACGACUACCAACACUACAUCGUAGUGUAUUGCGAAAGAAUAGCUAAACAGUUUGUGGAUGUUCUCAACAUGUGUCAUGAAUCAGAGAUGUGUGAUGUCAUAUCAGUAGACCUAUGUCCCCUUCCCAUUACCACCCAUGUUUGGUAUCUCUCUCAGCUUUGAUCGGUCAUAGUUACCUUUCAGGGAGGCAGAAAUAGGGGAGAGCUUCUACAAUAUUCCCUAUAAUGCACCUGGGACAGUUCCGCAUUCGAUUGCAGUAAAAACACAUUUUAUACCCAUUUGUGGCAGGCCUUAAAUGAUGAAUAUCAACAUAUAAAAUAUCAAAAUUGAUCCAGUACCAGUACCUUCAGGGCAGCGUUGGCUGCCAGAAAUUUGCCAACAGGGUGUCCGAAAUGUUGAAAGUCCGAACCAAACGGCCGACUAGAGCCUCGGUCCGGGUCGCGGAAUUAACAAAUCCCUGGCCCGACCACAAUAUUAGGGCUUGGCAAUCAAAAUAACACGUAAAUGGAUAGUCACAUUAUUAAUUUUUUUUAUUUUGAUCCGCCGACUUGGUCAUGGCAUCAGACAAUGGGGGUCCAGGCCUGCGAUGGAAAGAGGAUCAAACCCCGCUGCCGCCACCACUGUUCCAGGCCCGUAACCAGGUUCAUGGGAAGGGGGUAGGGGAGGGUUUCAUAGGCAAAGUUUAACUCAGAAGUUUUUCUUUAAUAAACAAAAUUAUGAUCAAAUAAUAAUGAAGUAGUAAACUGGUCACGGGUGGGGGAUCGGCCGAACUCUAAGUCCCCUUGGUUACGGACCUGACAUCUGGCAUUCGGUUUCUUGUGUCAGUGCCAAAAAUAUUGUUCUUUUAAAGUUGGCGGCAAGUGCGUCUUAAAAUAUUCAGUGUCAGUAAAUUAACCAUACCAUACCUGAAUGAUUUUUCUUUGAUACCCUGAAAGGGGUCAUUUAUAAUUAAUAUUGUAUUUGUACUGUGUUAUCCUUACUAUGCAAUUUUUGUUCAUUAGUACUGUAAUAACUUUUUAUUUUACAUAAUUUAGUAGUGUGAUUGGAUACUAGAAAUAUAAAUUAUAUAUUUUUGUAUAAGGUAAAACAUUUGAUUUUAAUAAGUAAGAAUAAGAAUAAAAGAAUAUAAAAUGUACAAAAUGUUGUUUAAUCCAGUUUGUAAUUAUAUUUAUCUAAUCUAGAUAAGAUCACCUUCAAACAAACAUUGAAGACAGUCACUCUUGACUCUUUCGUUUUCUUCUUUCUUGUUUGUACUAAAACGGGGGGGGGGGCAGUGUGCAGUGGUGUAUCUUAUAGGGGUGCAUUAGGAGCGCACUCCCCCAAGAAAUAGGCCUACCCGCGCUUCCCAGUCGCCGAGCCUUCCCCCACCCCCAAAAAAAUCACGGUCAAGUAGACUGCCCCUCUCCAUUUCAAGAUUCAGACACACCACUGACACUGUGACAAAAUGUAAAUUAAGUUUUGCCUUGUUAUUUCAGUUAUUGACGUUUAGGCCUACAAUGAAAUGAAAUAAACAUAAUAAAAAAUCA